UAAUGCAGCUAUUGAAACCCAAGAGAUUCGUGAUACUAUAGAGAAACCCUUGACUCAAAGUGACCAAGAUGGAGAGAAACUUGCCACAGCACAAACCAUAGCUAUGAGAACUCAAGAGGUUCGUGACACCACGGAGAAGGCCCUGAUUCAAAUUGACCAAGAUGCAGUGAAACUUGCCACAGCACAAGCAAUAGAAGAAUCACGUGAUUUAUAUGUUGAGACUCAAGAGAUGUGCGACACCAUCAAGAAGCCUUCAAUUCCAGCUAAUCAGAAUGAACAAAACUCUUCCACAAAUCUUGAUGCAGCUAUUGAAACUGAAGAGAUUCGUGACACCACGGAGAAAUCAUUGACUCAAAGUGACCAAGAUGCAGAGAAACUUGCCACAGCACAAACUAGAGAAGAAUCACGUGAUUCAUAUGUUGAGACUCAAGAGAUGUGCGAUACCAUCAAGAAGCCUUCAAUUCCAGCUGAUCAGAAUGAACAAAACUCUUCCAUAAAUCUUGAUGCAGCUAUUGAAACCGAAGAGAUUCGUGACACCACAGAGAAAUCCUUGACUCAAAGCAACCAAGAUGCAGAGAAACUUGCCACAGCACAAACUAGAGAAGAAUCACAUGAUUCACAUGUUGAGGCUCAAGAGUUAACCGACACCAUCAAGAAGCCUUCAAUUCCAGGUGAUCAAAAUGAACCAAACUCUUCCACAAUUCCUAAUGCAGCUAUUGAAACCCAAGAGAUUCGUGACACUAUAGAGAAACCCUUAACUCAAAGUGACCAAGAUGGAGAGAAACUUGCCACAGCACAAACCAUAGCUAUGAGAACUCAAGAGGUUCGUGACACCACGGAGAAGGCCCUGAUUCAAAUUGACCAAGAUGCAGUGAAACUUGCCACAGCACAAGCAAUAGAAGAAUCACGUGAUUCACAUGUUGAGACUCAAGAGAUGUGCGACACCAUCAAGAAGCCUUCAAUUCCAGCUGAUCAGAAUGAACAAAACUCUUCCACAAAUCUUGAUGCAGCUAUUGAAACUAAAGAGAUUCGUGACACCACGGAGAAAUCAUUGACUCAAAGUGACCAAGAUGCAGAGAAACUUACCACAGCACAAACCAGAGAAGAAUCACGUGAUUCACAUGUUGAGACUCAAGAGAUGUGCGACACCAUCAAGAAGCCUUCAAUUCCAGCUGAUCAGAAUGAACAAAACUCUUCCACAAAUCUUGAUGCAGCUAUUGAAAUCGAAGAGAUUCGUGACACCACAGAGAAAUCCUUGACUCAAAGCAACCAAGAUGCAGAGAAACUUGCCACAGCACAAACUAGAGCUAUGAGAACUCAAGAGGUUCGUGACACCACGGAGAAGGCCCUAAUUCAAAUUGACCAAGAUGCAGAGAAACUUGCCACAGCACAAGCAAUAGAACAAUCACAUGAUUCGUAUGUUGAGACUCAAGAGAUGUGCGACACCACCAAGAAACCUUCAAUUCCAACUGCUCAAAAUGAACAAAACUCUUCCACAAUUCCUAAUGCAGCUAUUGAAACUCAAGAGAUUCAUGACACCCUAGAGAAACCCUUGAUUCAAAGUGACCAAGAUGCAGAGAAACUUACCACAGCACAAACUACAGAUCCUAUGAAUUCAUCAAUACAAGAAUCCAACAUUUAUAAUAACUAUAAGGGAAUGAUUGACAUUCCUGAAAAAGACAUGCCAUAUUUGGAGGCUGGGGUAAAGCAACAUCCUCAAGUGCUUGAUUGGCUGAAAGUAAAACGAAGAAGGAUGUUUGCUUCCUCCUUCUUUUCCUUAUUUGCUGAGGUGACUCGCCUUUUGAGAACCACUCGAAGAGGUGAAUUGACAGAGGAUGAUCGAAACUACAUUAAAGAGUGUUGUGCCGCCUUACAAGGGGUUGGUUUUGAUUAUUCAUGGAUCAAGUAUGUGCAUAGCCGUAUUGAGGAAUGUGGUGAUGGGGAAGACAUCAAGAGGAAGCUUGAGGAGGCUGAAGAUCAAGCUUUAAAACUGAAUGCUCAGCUUGAGUCUAUCAAGAAAGAUUUAGCUCUUGUGCAAUCAUCGAUAGUGUCUUUUUGUGACAAGGCUAGUAAGCUAGAUGAUUUCAUUGAGUCCUAA